AUGCAAAUUAAGAAAUAUAAACAAUCUAUGUAUGAGGAGAGAAUCGAGAAUGAGAAAUCAAUAAAGUCCGGUGAUGAAGUCGUUGCGAACAUCAACAUAGACAUAGAGGACCGUCCACACAAGGCAACAGAGGGGAUAAUGAAGGAGAAUGAGUCGUUGAGGUUGAUGACGGGCUUCAUGAUGUUCACAGGUGGAGGAGUAGCAUUCGGAUUGCCCGGGGUGUUGUUCACGAUACGAAAUAACAACCCAAACAAUAUUCUAACGUCCUUAGGUCCCGUUCUCAUCUCGAUAAGCCUUGUCAUGAUGGUUGGAUCAUUUAUAGUGUGUACAUAUGCAUUUGAUGACUCUGACGAUGAUGCCACGGACCGCAAAUACAAAUCACAAUACCGGAAGGCAUGCGUUGUGCUAUUCUUUGGGGCUCUACUCUGUGUACCAGGGGGUGUAGCACUUGCUCUGUCCAGACACUAUGGAUUUAACUCGGAACAUGCAUUGUCAAUAGGCGGCAUCAUCAGUGCUCAAAUAGGCGGUGGUCUACUUGUAUCAGGGUUGAUAAUGUGUUGUGCUAUUCGCGUGCGUAAGAAAAUGACGAGGCGUAUUGAGGACAAAGCGACCUCAGAAGAAAACCUAUCGGGUUCACAAAGUAAGAUGACCAUUAACCGUGGUGUUGCACGUUGGUCACCGGUGGAUACACCAAUGAUGGACUCGGACGCAGACGUUUGUGACUGCGCUUAUUGCCCUCGGCACGGCUUGAUGCUUACCGGCAGGCAACCAGAAGAAGAGGCAGAGCCCUGGUGUCCAUUCAGCUCCAGUUCAGAUUCCGAUGGACGCGUUGAUCCAUUGAUCGAAAGGAUGCAAUUAAGAGUGAUGCAAGGACGGAGUAGAAAAUGCCAGAGAGGCAAGAAAAUUGGUAAAAAGGGUGCUGGUAGAAAGAAUAAACGGAGACAGCAAUUAGAUAUUGAUAGUGGUGAUGAUAUGAAUGACUCUGAUGAUAUGGACGAUGAGGGCGUUGAUGCGUAUGAUGGAAUGGUUCAAAUAAUUGGAGAAAUCAUGCCCAUGUAA